AUGGAGAGGACCCCCGAAUCCCUGGGCAGGCUCCCUCCAGGGGUGAGUCCUGGGCGCUCAGAGCCCAGGCAGCAGGACCUCCCAGACGCAGGAGCCGAGCAGGAACUCAGAUGGAUAGAGCUGGGCUCGGAGGAGGCCCUGGGGACAGGGGCAGAGGGGCCCGGUGUCCCACAGGCCCAGGGGCGCCUGCUGCAGGCUGCGUGGAGGGGACACUUAGGCCUCGCAACCCAGCUGCUGCGGCAGGGGGCCAGCGUGGAGGAGAGGGACAGCGCGGGGAGGACCCCGCUGCAUCUGGCGGUGCUGCGCGGCCACGCGCCCCUGGUGCGGCUCCUGCUGCAGCGCGGGGCGCAGGUGGGGGCCGCCGACCUUGCGGGGCGCACGCCGCUGCACGAGGCCGCCUGGCGCGGGCGCUCGCGGGUGGCGGAGCUGCUGCUGCAGCGCGGGGCCCCGACGGCGGCGCGCUCCGGGGCCGGCCUCACGCCGCUGCACGGGGCGGCCGCGCUGGGCCGCACGCUGCUGGCCGGGCUCCUGCUGGGCGCGCCGGGCCCGGGCGCCGAGGCGGCGGACGCGCGCGGCUGGACGGCGGCGCACUGGGCGGCUGCGGGCGGGCGGCUGCCGGUGCUGGAGCUGCUGGCCUCGCGCGGCGCGGGCCUGGAUGGCGCCCUGCUCGUGGCGGCCGCGGCCGGGCGGGCGGAGGCGCUGCGCCUCCUCCUGGCGGUGGGCGCGCACGUGGACGCCCGGGACGGCGCGGGGGCCACCGCGCUAAGCAUCGCUGCGGGUUUGGGCCGCCGGCAGGACAUGGAGACUCUGCUUGACCACGGGGCAGACCCCAGCCUCAGGGACAGGCACGGACGCUCUGCCCUCCAUAGGGCUGCCGCUAGUGGACACCUGUCUGCCGUCCAGCUGCUGGCAGCCCGGGGAGCGGAGGUGGAUGCUCGGGACUCACUGGGCCUCACCCCUCUGCACCACGCUGCUCGGAGCGGCCACGUGGACGUCGCCAGCCAUCUCCUGGACAAGGGCGCACAGGUCAACGCGACGGGCUGGCUCCACUCCACACCCCUGCACCUCGCGGUGGAGCGUGGCCACAGCCCCACCGCUGAGCUUUUGCUGAGCCGAGGGGCCAGCCCUGCCCUGAGAACGCAGUGGGGUGAGGUGACGCAGGACCAAGUGGCCGAGGAGGGCCUGUCCCGGGCAACACCUCCCCUUUGCAGAGAGCAGAAUGACUGCUAGGGUCCGGCUGGUGUGGCUCACUGGGUCAGCAUCGACCUAUGAACCAAGAGGACACGGUUCGAUUCCUGGUCAGGGCACAUG